CCGGGACCCGUGAAGGCCUUAAGCCUACGUGCCGGUGCAGGUGCCCGUGCCUCGCCCUGGGGGUCCCCGCGCAGCGCCAAGUGCAAGGGCUCUCGGAAUCAUGAGGUACGUCAGUACUCGGGGAGGAACCCCCAGCGUGGACUUUGAAGGAGCCUUGCUCUCCGGGUACGCCUCCGAUGGCGGACUCUUCAUGCCUGAAGAGAUCCCUAAGCUGGACAGGGAGACCUUACAACAAUGGAGCACCCUCUCCUACCCUGCCCUGGUGUUGGAGCUGUGCUCCCUCUUCAUUGACCCAGAGCUCAUUCCAAAGAAGGACUUGAAGGGUCUGAUUGACCGAGCCUUCAGCAGAUUCCGACACCGAGAUGUUGUUCAUCUGUCCAGGCUGAAGAAUGGGUUGAAUGUGCUAGAGCUGUGGCACGGCAUCACCUACGCCUUUAAGGACCUGUCCCUGUCCUGUUCAGGACAGUUCUUACAGUACUUUCUGGAGAAAAGGCAGAAACAUGUCACUAUCGUUGUAGGAACUUCUGGAGACACCGGGAGCUCAGCCAUUGAGAGUGUCCGUGGAGCCAAAAACAUAGACAUCAUUGUUUUGUUGCCCCUGGGGCUCUGCUCUAAGAUCCAGGAGCUCCAGAUGACAACAGUGAUUGAGGACAAUGUGCAUGUGUUUAGGGUGGAGGGUAACAGCGAUGAGCUGGACGAGCCCAUCAAAGCCGUGUUUGCUGACGUAGCUUUUGCCAAGAAGCACAACCUGAUGAGUCUGAAUUCCAUUAACUGGUCCCGGAUCCUGGUACAGAUGGCACACUACUUUUUUGCCUACUUCCAAUGUGUGCCAUCCAUGGACAUCUGCCCGCUGCCCCCUGUGGAGGUGGUUGUGCCAACCGGGGCUGCGGGCAAUCUGGCUGCGGGAUGCAUCGCUCAGGAGAUGGGUCUGCCUGUCCGCCUGGCCACCGUGGUGAACCGCAAUGACAUCAUCCACAGGACGGUCAGGCAGGGCGACUUCUCACUUUCAGGGAACACCAGAGCAUCGUUGGCAUCCGCCAUGGAUAUUCAGGUGCCGUAUAACAUGGAGAGGAUUUUCUGGCUGCGCUCGGGCUCUGACGGCCGGCUGGUCAGGGCCCUGAUGGAGCAGUUCGACAGGACCAAGAGGCUGUGUCUGCCCAGAGAACUCCACACCAAGCUUUCAGAGACCAUCGACUCCCAGUCAGCUUCCGACGAGGACAUCCUCGAAGCCAUGCAGCGAUGCUGGGAGGAGAACCGCUACCUGCUGUGUCCGCACUCGGCGGUGGCCGCCUUCUACCACUACAGACAAACGGACAAAGGACAGGAAGCUGGACGGGAUGUCCAAUGCUGCCUGGCCCCAGCCUCAGCAGCCAAGUUCCAGGAUGCCGUUCUCCAAGCCCAGCUGGUCCCCGAGAUUCCUGAAGACAUUCAAACUCUGGAACACAUGCCGACUCGAUCCACUACUCUUUGCAGAGGAGACGACUGGACCCAAGUGCUGCGAGAUAAAAUAGAGGAUCUGUCCCGGCAGAGGAAGGGUGACGUGAGCUCCCAGAAAUAACCACGUUUUGGUUUGGCUUUUCCUUUUUGUUCCAGAGACCCGGGAUGCUUCCCAUUUGAAUCUGCACAUUUAACUUUAAGUUGAGCACAGGGAUUGCUGGGAGCUUAGGUACCUCUUACAAUAAAGACUCAAUCCCAUUUAUUGCAACAUGCAUUUAGUGAGCACCUACUAUGUACAAGAUACUCGACCAGGUUCUAGGCUAUAAUGACCAAAUUAAAAAAUGAAGCCAUCCCUGCUGUCAGGGAGCUAAUAUUUUGCUGAGAGUGAUUAAAAUGUGUAAAGAAUCUAUUAUAAAGUUAUUUUGUUGUUCAGUUGUUUCAGUAGUGUCUGCCCAUUUGGG